AUGGACCAGCAAUCAGAUCUUCCGCACUAUCAACCAGAUUACCCACCUCGCCAUGUUCACCAACCUCCUCACAUUCACCCUCAACACCGUCUUCCUCCGCAGCCACCACAACAAUCAGCAAAUUCUAUGCAAUUACAACAAAUGCAACCGCACAUUCAUCAACAGUCUAUUAUGGUAGAUCAUCCACCUCAUUUGGCUCUCAAUCCAACGCCAUCUGCAUCAAUUUCUCCAUUUUCAUUUCACAGCGGGAGCAGCAAUCAGAACCACAACGUGGUUUUGGACAAAUUCUGGCAUAAACAGUUGACAGAUAUUGCCAACUUGGACCAUGAUUUCAAGAAUCAUCCGUUACCCUUGGCUAGGAUUAAAAAAGUUAUGAAAGUUGAUGAAGAUGUAAAGAUGAUCAGCUCCGAGGCACCAGUGAUAUUUGCUAAAGCAUGCUAUAUUUUCAUUAUUGAAUUGACUAUUCGCGCGUGGUUAAAUGCUGAAGAAUCUAAGAGGAGAACACUGCAAAGAUCAGACAUAGGAAAUGGAAUUAAGAAAGUAGAUAUGUUUGAUUUUUUAGUAGACAUUAUACCACGAGAUGACAAACCCAUCAAGAAUGAAAAGCCUGAUCACCCAUCUCAUUAUCCUUACGGAUAUGGAGUACCCCAUCAUCAAUUCAGUGGCCCAAUGAGUGAAGAUCAAAAGUUAGCUGUAGAUUCUCAAGUAAUCCCGUAUCAACAGCAUCCAUCGAUAUCUCCAUCUGUUCGUUACGGCGAACCAUCCGUUGCUCAUGGACAUCCUUCACUACCGAUGCCCAAUAUAUUACCUCAUGGGUAUUACGCUCAGAAUGCAGAAGGAGACAGCGGUUUUAUACCCGAGAAUCAAGUGAAGUAUGAAUCAGCAAGAGGAAGCGAGUGGUAUGCACAUGGACAAAGUACACAGCAUGUGUUUGAAGGAGAGAACAGCAACGCCUAUGAACAAUCAUUUGGAGGAAUGCAGAGAAAUUAA